AUGUCUUCUACAGGCGGCGGAUGGGCGCAACUGCGCCAACAGGCGCGAUCAUUAGAGACCCAGACAGAGACGCUAUUCCACACCUAUUCGCAGUAUGCCUCGACGGCAAACAUACCCACGAAGCCCUCAGAAGAGGAGAUACGAACCGAAUCACAACUCCGAGAGGUCCUCGAAAAGAGAGAAGCCCUUGUAGCCCAACUAUCCCGGCUCCUCGACUCUGAAUCCGCCCAUUCCUCCUCCGCCGUAAAACAAAACAACCUCGCCCGACACCGUGAAAUCCUCUCAGACCACCGCCGCGAGCUCUCUCGCCUCAAGUCCAACAUUACCGACGCCCGCAACAAAGCAAACCUGCUCUCCAACGUCCGUUCAGACAUCGACGCCUACCGGUCUGCAAACCCCAACACCGCGGAGGCAGAAUACAUGCUCGACGAGCGAGAGCGCAUCGACAACACGCACAACGUGACGGACAGUGUGCUAAGCCAGGCAUACGCCGUGAAUGAUAAUUUUCGGGUCCAGCGGGAGACGCUGGCGAGCAUUAAUCGGAGGAUAGUGGGCGCGGCGAGUCAGGUUCCGGGAAUUAAUGGUCUGAUAGGGAGGAUUGGGGCGAAGAAGAGGAGGGAUGGAAUUAUACUUGGGGGCUUCAUUGCUUUCUGCUUUCUCAUGUUGCUGUGGUUCAGAUGA